AUGAAAUCUACCGUUUCGAACGCCGGACAACACGACAGUUACUGCCGAGGUCUACUGCGCUCAACUGCAAAGACUGGCCGACAAGAUCCGCAAGGAGCAAUCGAAGCUCGACAACAAAAUUCGGAGCUCGGAUGGAAAGUUCUACCGCACCCACCGUACAGCCCGGACCUGGCCCCGAGCGACUACCACCUCUUCCGUUCGGUUCAGCAUCACCUGGAAGAGAAGCGCUACAAUGAUUGUGACCACCUCGAAAAUGACCUUCCGGCUUUCUUCGCCUCCAAGUCGCCGAAGUUCUACGCCAAAGGAAUCCGUGAUCUUGUGAGACGUUGGCAGAAGGUUGUCGAUGUUGAUGGAGAUUAUUUCGUCGAAUAA